AUGCGCCGCCCCGCGUCGUCCGCUCUCCCGUCCUACUCGCCCGACGACCGCCGCACGCCAAUGGUGUCCGCUUCUAGCACCGCCACAGCUGCCCCCACUCAGCGCUGGCACACGCGCUGGUGGCUGCUCUUCUACGUGGUGCUGGGGUGCUACGCCAUCACUGUCCUCGGCUCCUUCGUUGUUGGAUUGGCACCCAAACCGCCCACUCACCACGACGAGGUCCAAGAGCAGCAACGAGUGUUACACCACCAGAAAGUGGUGGAGACUGGCCCCAUUAAACUGGAGACGACAGCGAAAGAUCCGAACGAACCAGAGGAAGGCUGGCCCAUACAGAAACCAGAAGAAGAGGUAACAACGGGGGCAGAGCAAGUCGAAACACCGAGAGAAUUAGAGCAGCAGGGAGCUGCUGGAGAGAUUGGCGCACGUGAAGAUGAACACGCCGCUGACGCAGCCCCGGAAAAUGUUGCUGCACUGGUUGGAUCCUGA